AUGAGUAUGGAGAGGGAAAGCCACAGCCCGACGCGGUCGCUGAGGUCGAAAACUGCUGAUGUGUCGCAUAAGGAAAUGAUGUUUGAUUUCGAUGCCGAAGAGUUCGAGAUUAAUCCUGAACAGAAGCUGACAUUUAUAUUCAGAGAGGCACUUACCCAUGACUCUCCUGUUUCAAAAGAAGGUUCUAAUGGCGCUAGAGACGUGAGCAAUUUGGAGGACAAAUCAGUGGUCGAUACAGGUCGCGGUAACCCACCCGACUUGCAUCAAAUUAAAGAAAGCAUCACGAGUAUGAUACUUAAAGUUGAACAGCAUUCCAUAAUUCCAGAGGGAGUAGAUAUGAAAGAUUACGAAUCAUCCGACGAACUAGAGACUAGUAGAAUGGACGAUGCUAAUUUUGCUGAAAAGCAGAGCAAACCCUCCGAUCCUCUUCUAGAUGAGGUAUAUUCAAUAUACCAUAAGAAAAUGCUCAAACAAGAAAACCGAAUGAUAGAACAAGAUUUAGUGCAAGAGGAGGAUGAAGCUGAUAGAUUAAGACUGAUGUACGAUAAGUUAAAUCUGCCUAAUUGGGUUUCUAACCUACAGAAAAUUACUAAAAUCAACAACCCUGAUGAUACGGUUGAACUAGAUACAAAAAGAAGGAAGACUAAAAUUGCCAUACGAGGAAUGCUGGAUAAAUAUGAUCUGACUAAAAACAAUUCUCACGUUCUUCAUAGAUCAAAAAGAUAUACUCCUAAAUUAGGACAAAGAAGGAUGGAUCUUUAUCAAAAUGUAAAUAGGAGGUACCUUGCGCAAUAUCAUAGUUCGUCUGAUGAUGAGGAGGCGACAUUAUCAGUUGAAGAUAUCCGAUCUAGACGAUUGAAGAAAAGAGAACAGGACUGCUCUGGAUCGAUUUUCAUCUCUACCGGUUACGGACAGAAAAGUUGUUCUAGGUAUGCAAUAGUUGCUGAGCCUCUGCGAAAACCAUAUAUUAUUAAAACGAGUAAUGCCGAAAAAGAAACUUGGAAAAGGCUUAAAUCAACAACGAAAGAAUUUUCCUAUAAAACAAAGCCCGCUAACAUCGUUGGAAAAAUGAAACAGAAAAUUCCGAUACCUCUGACGUUUCAUCCCGAACACAUAAACCUUUUUUUCCAUCAAUGUCUCAAGAGGUUUUUGAAUGGAGUGUUCCCGGUCCAAAAAAAUAGUAGCAACGAUGAAUAUAACAAUUUUGGAACGAUAACGACUAACGAAAAAACGCAUGUUCCCAUCACACCAACCAAUGCUAUUGAAAAUACAUCUCUGAAUUCUAACAACACAGUAUCUUCCAUAUUAGCUGAUGUCAAUAGUAGAACUAUACUUGAAGAAGAGUACCAAAGAGCCAAUAUUGCUGAUCGGGAAAGUGGAAACAUUUGUGUACCGGUACAAUCACCUACACCUGUUACGAAAGAAACCCAACUUUUGCCGUCUUUUCGAUCAAAGAUUCAUAGCAUUGAGGGAACUUCUAUUAAGGGAAAUACUUGUAAUGAUUUAACGCGAGAACCUGAGAGAAAAUCUGGGAUGGCGUUGCGGGAUAACCAGUCGAAACAGUUUGCUUUUCAACCUAUCAUAGAGGGAACAAAUUUGAUUCAUGGAUUCCAAAGUAAACCGAGUAUUAUGACAUCGUCCCAAAAUGAUACAGCAUGCCGUUCAAAUAUGGAACUUUUUUAUGGGAAAAGGGAAGAGUCGACCACCGAAGUGGGAAGAGCACCUGUCGGAACAAAAUCAUUCGAGGCACAGCGAAAUAUUCAAAAGAUGCUAAAACAAGGGGUACCUUCAACUGAAGAUCAAUUUGUUCCAACAGGUAAGCAUCAAUUAGAAAUUGUUCCUCAACAGAGCAUGAACAAAUCAGAGAGUGGAUAUAGUGCGGAAAAAGUGAUGAGAAAUCCCUCUACAACUAGGAACAAUAAUUAUUUUGUUGAGGAAAAAGGAAAUGCUAACAUUCAGAGCGAAAAACUUUCAUCAUUCCAGAAUCUCUUACGAGCCUGUGUUCCCAGUAAUGAGAUUCCAACCUUAAUUAAGGAAACACCCUCUCCUUUUACCAAUACAGAAUAUGCGCCAUCUGUCCCAAGCUUAACUGAUAAACCGACCAGGACAGUAAAUGUUUUGACCGCCAGACGGAAGCCACGCUUCACAGAUAGUGAGCAAACACAAAAUACGUAUGGAACAUCUGUGGAUGAGGUACAGAUGUGA